CCUCAAGUUAAUUAACAGAUCAAGCCUGAAAGACACAAUGUUUGGGUCGUCCAGAUCUGGAGGAGUAAGGGGAGGUCAAGAUCAGUUCCGCUGGGAUGAUGUUAAGACCGACAAACACCGUGAAAACUACUUGGGAAAUUCGCUCAUGGCACCCGUUGGUCGGUGGCAGAAGGGGAAAGACCUAACCUGGUAUGCCAAAGGGAAAAACAGCGGUGCGUCCCUGUCAAAGGAGCAGGAGCUCGCGGCGGUGCGCGAGGCAGAGCAUGAAGCUAUGAUGGCAGCCCUGGGGCACAAGAGUGUCAAGAGACAACCGACUGGACUUACGAAAGAGGACUUGGCGGACGUGUGCAGGAGAGAGGGUGGUGGAGAUGAACGUGAUGUGGACAGGGUGUCUGGCUUAGGAAGCUCCAGUGCAGGAACAAGGAAAAUGGUUCUGUCCCAGCAAGAAAAAGAAGCUGUUAAACUGGGCCUGCCGGUCUUUACGCACCACAAAUCUGACGGCCCUCCCGUCGCAACCAUUAAAAAGACUUUAGAGGACAUACAGAAAGAAGACAUAGAGAAAAGACAUGAAAGCCACAAGAAAAGCAAGAAGGAAAAAAAGAACAAAAAGGAGAAAAAGAAGAAAAAGGAAAAGAAGAAACAUCGGAAAAGAGAGUACUCCUCAGAUUCGGAGUCAGACAGUGACAGUAAAAGACGUAGAAGAGAGCAGAGGGACCAGUGCAGUCCUAAUCCAUCAUGGAGCAGUCAGAGUGGAGCCAGGGGCUGUGACAGCCAUUCAAAGGCCAAGCGCCGCUCCCCCUCCCCACCAGUCCAGCGCCCCCGUCGCAGGCACGACACUGACUCGUCGUCCGACGGGGGGUCCCGUGACCCGGGCCAUGCUGCCCGCCGAAGGUCUCCCCAUGCAGUGGCCACACAAGGCCACCGGCGGCGACAUGACACAGAUUCAGACGACUGACUCCUCCCACCCCCCCCCCCACCUGCACCAGCACC